GUUGUGAGUCCAUGAAUGGCUGUAAACAAAUAAAAUGGCAGUUCAUCUUAUAUUGUUUGAGAUAUUUCAGUGUGAAUUCCACAGUUUGUAAAUGUAGAAACAUAAAAUGAAGAUGUACAAUAGUUUUAUCUAUGAUAUCAUGUCCUGAUUUUCUGUCUCUUGUCCGUCCACCCAGGUAUCUGUCGCAGGAAGAAGUGAAUGAUCGCUUCAACCGGUUCAUGCAGCUGGUCAGUGGCGUGGUGUGGCUCCUGAGGAACGGUGAAGUCUACAUCAACCAAAGCCUGAAGGCCGAGUGUGACAAGACACAGAGGACGGGGCAAAUCCUCACAUUUGUGGACGUGUUGUCGGCCAGGACGGCGGUGGGUCACGAUGCUGCGGGCAGACUUGUCCUCUUCCACAACGAUGGACAGACUGGAGUAAGAGGGAUGAGUCUCUGGGAGGUCGCUGCAUUCCUGAAGAAGAACGGAGUGAUCAAUGCCAUUAACCUGGAUGGAGGCGGGUCCUCCACCUUCGUGGUGGACGGCUCCCUGGCCAGCUACCCCUCUGAUCACUGCAUACCGGACAACAGGUGGCGCUGCAGCCGGAAAGUGUCCACUUUCCUGUGUGUUCACCCGCGGCGCUGCGAGCCGCAGGACUGCAGCGGACACGGAGACUGUGUGGACGGACUGUGUGUGUGUCAGCGGGGCUGGACGGGCACAGCCUGUCAUAAGCUGGUGUGUCAGCCGCCAGCCUGCGGGGCCCAUGGUGUCUGCACUGUCGAUGGCUGCGUCUGUGAUGCAGGAUGGAGAGGGACCAACUGCACCCAAGAGUGCCUCCCAGGUUUCUACGGUGACGGCUGCAAUCAGACCUGCGACUGUGCUAACGGCAGCUCCUGCGACGCCGUCCACGGACGCUGCACCUGCCCCCCCGGUUUUCAGGGCGAUGCCUGUGAACAAUUGUGUCCUCUGGGCUUCUUCGGUCUGUCCUGUGCUCAGGAGUGUCACUGUGACAACCAGUGUCCGUGUGACCCACAGACAGGAAGCUGCAAAACCACGCUGCCACAUGUGACCAAUGACACCUUAUACAGAG